AUGGGAUAUAAUAGAAGAGGUAAUCAUCAUAGCAGCAAGCAAACAUAUAUCCAAGAAAAAAAUAUACAAUACAGCAACAAACAGAAGAAGCAGUCAAAAAGAACAACAACAAGAGGAAAACAUCAUAAAGCUUCAAAGAGAGAAGGUGCAAAACUGCCAAAACUACAGAAACAAUGGUCAAGUGCCUGGACAGAAGACAUGAAGGAGUUGACAGAAGCUAUUACAAGAAAAAAAGAAGAAAAAAUGAGAACAAAGACCAGAAUACAAAUAGAAAAAAAUAUAGACAAAAGAUAUUUAUUAAACAAGAAGAAGAAGAGACAACAUUAUAAGAAACAGUUUAGAAAAAGAAAUACUAAAUUAGAAGAGAUGUUAGAAAGGUGGAAAGAAGUAUACAAACCACAAGAACAU